UCGGCGGGGUGAGAGGUCAGCAGAGCGCCGGUCGGCCGGGGCGACAAUGGCGGGGCUCUGGGUUUGGGCGGCGGCGCUGGUCGGGGCCGGACGGCGUGGGCGGCGGUUGCCGCAGCCGCUGAUGCGGAGCUCAGCGCUGUGGACCCUGAAGCAUGUCCCACACUACUCAAGACAGCACUUAAUGGUGUCCCGUAGUCUCUGUUCAGCAGGAUAUGAUUCUAAUGAAAAAACUUUUGAUAAAAUUCUUAUUGCUAAUAGAGGAGAAAUUGCAUGUAGGGUUAUUAAAACUUGCAAGAAGAUGGGCAUUAAGACAGUUGCCAUCCACAGUGAUGUUGAUGCUAGUUCUGUUCAUGUGAAAAUGGCGGACGAGGCUGUCUGUGUUGGCCCAGCUCCCACCAGUAAAAGCUACCUCAACAUGGAUGCCAUCAUGGAAGCCAUUAAGAAAACCAGGGCCCAAGCUGUACAUCCAGGUUAUGGAUUCCUUUCAGAAAACAAAGAAUUUGCCAAAUGUCUGGCAGCAGAAGAUGUCAUUUUCAUUGGACCUGACACACAUGCCAUUCAAGCCAUGGGUGACAAGAUUGAAAGCAAAUUAUUAGCUAAGAAAGCAAAGGUUAACACAAUCCCUGGCUUUGAUGGAGUGGUCAAGGAUGCAGAUGAAGCUGUCAGAAUUGCAAGGGAAAUUGGCUACCCUGUCAUGAUCAAGGCCUCAGCAGGUGGUGGUGGGAAAGGCAUGCGAAUCGCCUGGGAUGAUGAAGAGACCAGGGAUGGUUUUCGAUUUUCAUCUCAAGAAGCUGCUUCUAGUUUUGGUGAUGAUAGACUACUAAUAGAAAAAUUUAUUGAUAACCCUCGUCAUAUAGAAAUCCAGGUUUUAGGUGAUAAACAUGGGAAUGCUUUGUGGCUCAAUGAAAGAGAAUGCUCAAUUCAGCGAAGAAAUCAGAAAGUGGUGGAGGAAGCACCCAGCAUUUUUCUGGAUUCUGAGACUCGAAGAGCGAUGGGAGAACAAGCCGUAGCUCUCGCCAAGGCAGUAAAAUAUUCCUCUGCUGGAACCGUAGAAUUCCUUGUGGACUCAAAGAAGAAUUUUUAUUUUUUGGAAAUGAAUACGAGACUCCAGGUGGAGCAUCCUGUCACAGAAUGCAUUACUGGCCUGGACCUAGUCCAAGAAAUGAUCCGUGUUGCCAAGGGUUACCCUCUCAGGCACAAACAAGCUGAUAUUCCCAUCAACGGCUGGGCAGUUGAAUGUCGGGUGUAUGCUGAGGACCCCUACAAGUCUUUUGGUUUACCGUCCGUUGGGAGAUUGUCUCAGUACCAAGAACCAAUACAUCUACCUGGUGUCCGGGUUGACAGCGGCAUCCAACCAGGAAGUGACAUUAGCAUUUAUUAUGAUCCAAUGAUUUCAAAACUGAUCACAUAUGGUUCUGAUAGAACUGAAGCACUGAAGAGAAUGGAAGAUGCACUGGAUAAUUAUGUUAUUCGAGGUGUUACACAUAAUAUUGCAUUGCUCCGAGAGGUGAUAAUCAACUCACGUUUUAUAGAAGGAGACAUCAACACUAAAUUUCUUUCUGAUGUGUAUCCUGAUGGCUUUAAAGGACACAAGUUAACAGAGAAUGAGAGAAACCAAUUAUUGGCAAUAGCAUCAUCAUUGUUCGUGGCAUUCCAAUUAAGAGCACAACAUUUUCAAGAACAUGAAAAUUCAAGAGUACCUAUUAUUCAACCACAAGUGGCUAACUGGCAGCUCUCAGUAAAAUUGCGUGACGAAGUUUAUACUGUUGUAGCAUCAAACAGUGGGCCAACAUUCUCUGUGGAAGUUGAUGGGUCGAAACUAAAUGUGACCAGCACGUGGAACCUGGCUUCACCCUUAUUGUCUGUCAGCGUUGAUGGCACUCCGAGGACGGUGCAGUGUCUUUCUCGAGAAGCAGGUGGAAACAUGAGUAUUCAGUUUCUUGGCACAGUGUACAAGGUGCAUAUAUUAACCAAACUGGCUGCAGAACUGAACAAAUUUAUGCUGGAAAAAGCGGCUGAGGACACAAGCAGUAUUCUGCGCUCCCCGAUGCCUGGCGUGGUGGUGACCGUCUCUGUCAAGCCUGGAGACAUGGUAGCAGAAGGCCAGGAAAUUUGUGUGAUUGAAGCCAUGAAAAUGCAGAACAGUAUGACAGCUGGGAAAACUGGCAAGGUGAAAUCAGUGCGUUGUAAAGCUGGAGACACAGUUGGAGAAGGAGAUCUGCUCGUGGAACUGGAAUGAGUAUUUAUAGCCUUUCCGUCAUCACCCAAUUUAAUUAGCCAUUUGUAUUAUUAUUCUUUCACACUCAAUUUAGUCAAGCAUUUUGCAGGAACACCCCUGUGCAGCAGAUUUUACAUGGUCAUAUUUAUUCCACAUAUAGUCAAAACCAACAUUUCUGCCAAAAUAUCACCAAUGGAAAUUUUUAUUGAUAUAAAUACUUGUACAUAUGAUUUGUACUUCUGCUGUGAGAUUUCCUAGUGUCAAAAUUAAAUCAAUAAAACUGAGCAUUUGUCUAAA